AUGUUGCUUGUUAUGAGAGACAGGAAUGAGGCGGCUGAUGCUGUGGGGGAUUUGGCGGCAGUUAAAGGGGAGUUGGCGGCAGUCAAGAGGGAUCUGGCAGAAGCCAAUGUGGCGUUGGCUGAACACGGUAACUCGUUGGCAGGGAACACAGAGGAUUUGGCAGCAGUCAAGGGGGAGUUGGCAGCACUGAGGGGGGAGGUCGCUGAGAAGACCAGCCGUCUGCUCGAGCUUGAAGCUGCCCUGGAGGAAGCUUUGAUCGCCCUUGUGCGAGGCGAUUGGGGAAGCACACGAGCGUUGGAGCUCGUACCUUCUCUUGCUGCGGACUCCCUCCAGGCCGUGUCGUCGGCAUUCGGUGGGGAGACCAAACGACUUAUGAUCCUGGAUUUGACAGGUCUCUCGAACCUGUCAGACACGGCCCUUCGCGCUGUGUCCACAAUGACCCACCUGAAAAAACUAUGGUUAAAUAGGUCCUCAGGUUUCAGUGCAGAGGGUGUUAAGCACCUCUACAAGCUGCCAAAGCUGGAGGCGCUAGACCUCAGAAAAACGUCCGUGUCUGAUGGUGCAUUGGAAGGCAUAGGUGGAAUGAGUAGCCUUGAGUGGCUAGUUCUCGACAGCGCCAAUGUGACUGAUGCUGGGCUACUGCACCUCACUGGUCUUUCCUCUCUCAAGCUCCUUUCAAUCUUUGAUUGUAAGGGCGUCACGUCUGCUGCUAUGCAGCAUGUGGGGAGGCUGACAAGCCUUGACCGAUUGUGGGUGGAUGGGACUGAAGUGAAGGAUGAUGGGCUGCUGCAUUUGACUUCGCUGACCAAGCUGAAAAUUCUCUCUCUAGGAGAAGGGAUUACUGAUGCUGGCAUGGAGCACAUCGGGCAGCUGACUAGUCUGGAAGGCUUUCAGUUGUGGGGGAGUAAAGUUUGUCAUGAAAUUGCGCUCCUCAUGGUGGUGUGGUGCACACCGGCAAUUGUCAUGUGGAGGGGCAUUGCCAAAGAUGUGCGAGUUAUUCUUCUUGGUGAAUUCAGUGUGCGUUCCACACCGCAGCAGAAGAUGAGUCAAUG